GAAGCCAGGGCUGCAGUGGUCAUAUUCCUCAUUUGUUUGUGUCAUACAGAGGAUUUAUUUGCAGGAAGAGUUCAACUGCAAAGACUUAUCCUUUAGAGAAAAUGAAUAGCCAAUACAUACGUCAUGAAGUGAGAGGAUGUGAAACCGGUGACCUGAGGAACUUCUGGGAAAAGACUAUUGAACAACAAACUCGAUAUCUGCAGAUUGAAAAAGAACGUCAGCAAAGAAGUGCUCUAACAAAGCUCAGAAAUGAAUGGAUGGAGAGGCUGGAAAAGAGAAUAAAGAUGUUGAGGACCCAACCUGAAGACACAUCCAAUUGAAGAACCCACAUCCAUUACAUGUUUGAGGAAAAAAAGGAAUUUUUUCUUAGGAAAGCAUGAUGGUGUGAUGCAGAAGCUAAAGUCAGUUUUACUUUGUGGCUUACAUGAGCUAUAAUUAAUUAGCUGUCAUUGUUAGAAGUUUCAUUUAUAACAUGUCUGAUGUUGCUUUUAAGAUUAUGCAUCCAUCCCUUCAUUUGAGCAACAGAGACUGAAGUACUCUGAAGUCCUCUGUAU